UUAUAUAAAUACAGACCGUCUUGCUUUAAGCGUAGAUGAAAAAACAAAUACAAACAUGGUGCUGUGAAAGGCCUGAUUUAUGUGUUGAACUUCUGAGAACUUUAGAUUGGAAUUUCUUUUCAUCAUUUCUGCAAGUCAGUCACAAGAUUUGAACCAGGGACCUGUCGUUUCGGAAGCCUGGCGCUUUAAAACUCAGCCACCAUGCCUCCAGUAUGAACCAAGCUCAACAAAAAUAAGCUAUUUGAAAAAAAAAUAUCGAAUAAUUUUAUUUUCUAACUGCAGAAAGCUGACGAAUGAACAGAUACGAGGAGAUUAUGGCGACAGGAACAUUUGGGGACAUUGAAAUGGAAGAAAGAGGUUGGCCUACAUUAGAAGUGAACAAUCACAAAGUCGAGUAUAUUAAGAAAAAUACAUUAAACUACAAAGACCUGCAUUUUGAUAAAAGCCCCAAAUACAAGCUACUUGUACAGUUACAAUUGCUGCCAAAAGACAUUAGCAAAAAGAAAGCCAGGAAGUUCGUCUGCAGCUUGAUCAAGGCCAUUGACUAUGAAGGCUGUCUUCUGAUUGAACUUAACAACCAUGUCGCUAAACUUAUCGGAAGUGACGUCUUCUUGAAAAAGAAAAAAGUCAUUGGGAUAAUAAAGGAAAAGGACUUUGACAAAUUCACAAAAAAGGGCGAGAAGAGAGAGAGAAGUCAGCAGAACUCUGCGUUUUUAAACUUUAGUUCACUUAUUGUUAUCGGUAGUGGAAGUAGGUUUCAGUUUGAACAAGAGGACAGAAACAAAAUAUACAAGUGUGACAUACAAGUCCUUGAACAUCAAAACUUCGACCAUCACUGCGACGGCACCGGUGUCUGCGCUGAUCAUCAAGAGGAAGACGGUGGCGUCGAUGGCGUUCGUGAUGGUAAUACUACGACUACCUUUGGUGAGGACGAUGACUUCAACGACGAGGACUCUGAUGAUGAGGAUGAUGAUAAAGGUGACGAUGAAAGUCAAAUCUCUCACUCUACGCCCAAUGGCAAUGACGAGCCAUCUGAUGAAGAUAAUGCCAAGCUAAUUAUCCAGCAAAAAGGCGGCCUCAGUUCUCAACAACAUUUGACAUUAAAAAAUGCCUGCAAAGUGGACAUUUUAAGAGAACAAAUAUAUAAAGCAACAGCGAAGCAUUAUAAUUUAUGCCCAAAGAAGAUUGAUACUUUUUACAUAACACUGGCUCUUAACAAAGUAGAUAAACGACUCACCACAGGAGCAGACAGUAAAUUGCAAUGGAGUGAAAAAAAUCUCAGAGAUGUAUUGCAAGUCAUUGUGACGGACUUCAAGGCAAAGUUCCUGGAACAACUUCUUGAUGGAUAUUAUUCCCCUUCAAAAGUCAUGAAAACACUAAAGAAGAUUACUAGGAAACUUAAAGAAGUCUCUGAUCACAGAAAGAAGGCUCCGCGUAAUUUUCUAGCGACUUUAGGAAAAGCUGACAUUAAAUUCACGAAUGAAAAAUCAGACUGUUUUGUAAGACUAUUCAUGAACGCUAUAGAGAAGGAGAAAUUUAAGGCAUCUUUGUACUACUGGACACAACUCAGCUAUCUGACAGGCACGGCCCUUCUUGCUCAGUAUGCUUUGAGACAAAAAAUGGUCAAUAAAAAUUUCAAAGAUAAGAAGUCGAAAUAUCAGAAGUAUUUAAACAUUUAUCAUGAUGCUGCAACUGAGGUUUUACAAUCCUGCUAUAAAAAGAAUGUGCACUUGACUUUCUGCCUUAUUGUGAAAGCGAUUCCAGAUUGGAGUGAAUCCUGCAUAACGAUCGCUCUGAAGACUGAAAACAAAGAGUUUCUACAACAGCAGGCUUGUGCUGGUGUCAACAGUGUCAGCUGGUCCAACUAUCUUGGGAGAGACUUGGAUUUAUCACAGGGAUCUAAGCAUAACCAAAGAGGUCUAAAACACAGGGUUAAAGAGACGCUAUUCUCACCCAAGGCACGAUGCCUAAUGGAUAUGGCCUCCUACUUACUGUUUCUCACGGCUUACAGCUUCCUCUUGGUCUCAGUACUAAGCAUGACUAAAUUCCAUUGGCUCGAGACCGUGGUCAUUGGCUAUUUAAUUAUCUUCUUCGUAAAGGAGCUUGACCAGUGUUGCGGCAAAAUUCGCCAAGGUCCGAGGCAGUGUUGGUACUACAUUACUGAUCCGUUCAACAUUCUGGACCAGCUGUCUAUCUUCAUUGCCGUCGCAUCUUGGGCUCUCCGCUUGUUGGCGUACGCAAUCCCUAGAGAAGAGUGGUUCGUGAUCUCGACUCGCUACCUUCUGUGUUUAAAUUACAUGCUCUACAUGUUUCGAUUCUUGGAGUUCUUCUAUCAGAACAAAUUUCUUGGACCGAUGCUAGUGGUCAUCAGAAAUAUGGUCAAAACCUACAUUAACUUCCUUUUGAUUCUGCUAAUCUUCUUGACGACCUACUGCGUUGUCUCAGAGAGUCUGUUACACCCAGAGCAGGAACUGACCACAAAUAUAUUCUAUAAGGUCUUUCACAAAGGAUUCUGGGCCAUGAUGGGUGAAUAUUAUCUAGACGACAUAAACACCCCCUCCCCAGAAGGAUGUAAAGCCCCAAUUCGGAACAAAACAGGAUGUCAAGAUGGGCUGACAAAUACCAGUUGCGACAGUCUCUAUUCCUCCAACUACACUUUUGUCAAGAGGAAGGGUUGCCCAACUAAACAUGGGCGGUACAUGGUUCCAUUCUUGCUGGGAGUCUAUGUUCUGUUUAUUCAGUUACUGAUGUUCAAUUUGGUAAUCGCGCUGUUCAACAAUGCUAUCUCAGACAAUGAUACUCAAAGGGACAUGAUCUGGAGAUACCAAAGAUUUCAACUGACAAUGCAGUAUUCUGAGAUGAGAAUUCUAUUACCUCCCUUUCUAUUUUUAUUUUUCUUCUUGAGAGAAAUGGUUGGCAAUCCGUUCAAGUCGACCGUGACUGGAGGUGAUGUAGAACUGAGAGACUUUGAAAGAAUUGUUGCGCAAAAGACGCUAUAUAAAAUUACUAAAGGGAGGCGAGGACCUGAUGUGCCUGACACUAAAGAGAAAAAAGACUUGCAUCCAAAUGUAUCAGAUAGCACACCUCAAUACACCUCCACCAGGCUGUAAUAGCAAGACCGUCUUUCAUGAGGAUGUAGAGUCCAUUGUAAGAGACAGUGUCAGAUAUGACUAAGAAAAAGAACCAACAAAUGUUCACGAACUUUGCCUUUCUUUUCCUUUUUUUUUAUCAUAUCUUUGUUUAUCAAUAUUUUCAUUCUUUGUUUAUUAUAUUUUUUUUCUUUCUUUAUCAUAUUUGUAUUUAUUUGUUUAUCAUAUACUUUCAUCUUUUUUUAUCAUGUUAUUUAACAUGAUUUCAUUUGUAACUCGAUUCAUUGAAAUGUCUUCUUUCUUUUAAUAGUAAAUUUUUUUUUACCUUAUUUAUUUUAAUUUUUUUAUUGUGCCUUUUACUCUAUAUUCAUUUUAACAAAAACCUCUUUAACUUAAAUGUAUAACUAUUUUGAAAGUCGUCUUAGUAAUAAGUGAAAUCAACGUAUAGAAAUUAUAUUAUAUGUUAUUUAAUAUUUUUAAACCUUGUAAUAUUUUGUUUAACUUGUUAACAAUGCAGAUGCACAUUCCUAUGUCUUUAGGAUUAUUAUUAUUAUAGCUUUUAUAUAGCGCUACUUUCAUGCUUAUAGCUGAGCGCUUUUGGUCCAAUCUCAUUUGUGGACCAGUUUGGGGGGGGGGGUGA